AUGAUUAACUAUUUCAUUAAAGGGAGUGUAAUAUUAGGAUUGUUAAAUUUCAUUAUAGCAUUCAGAAAUUAAAUUGAAUUAGAUUAGAUAUAUAAUGGAAUAAAUUGUAAUCAAGGUUAGUCACUACAUUACUUUUUUCCUAUUUAUCCCUAUUAUUGCAUAAGUAAAAAUAUUUUGUCUUAUCAAGAGGCAUAACUCCCGAAUGUACUGGAGUUACAACACCAUCUUUAAAGAGAACAUCAAAAAAUUUUUACUACGAUUUAUUUUGUCAUCCAGAUGUUUAAGUUGGAUCCUAAGCAAUUAAAUAAAAAAUCUCUACAUUUUUGACUUAUUUUAGUUGCGGAAAUUAAACAGGUUAAUUGGUAAUGUCAAUUAAAGAUGAUGGGAAAUAUUUUUUUGAAUGCAAAUGUAAAAAUAUUUUAAGAUGAUAUAACUAGACGAAACUACUGAAGAUAAAAUUCGCUGUUAUUAUGCAUAUAUUAAAGAUGGAAUAUAUAGAUGUUUAUAUUGCCAUGAUAAUUACUAUGGAGAGAAUUGUGAAAACUACAAUUAUACAUCUAUUUCACUAACAUCAAGUAAUACAAAAAUUUGUAAUAUAGAAUGUCAAACACAAAAUACUGAUGGUAGUUGUGCUAUAUGCUAUCCAGGAAAUGGAAAGACAAGAUAUGAAGAUUAAACCUGUUAAUAAAGUAAUUUGUCCUAAUUAACUUAGAGUGUUUUCCUUAUACUAAAUGUUAUGUUGCUCCCACAUAUAAUAUAGUUUAUUAGCUUCCAUGUGUAGAUGAUGGUGCUCUUUAAUUGGAUAUUAUUUGUGUUUGUAAAAAAUAAAUUAAAUUUAAGCUUGUAACAUAACAUAUUGCUCGAAAUGCGAUAUAGAUUUGAAUACUUAAACUGAAAUAUGUUUAAAAUGUAGAUAUCCUUAUGUAUUAAUAAACAACAAAUGUUUCGGAGAUAUGAAUUGUUUUAAAUAAGAAAUCUUAUAUGAUUAAAAUGGGAUUCCUAUAGGUACAUUAUGUUUGGAAUGUCUUUAUGGUUAUUUUUGGGAUAUUACUAAUCUUUAAUGCUCAAGUUAUUGAUAUUAUUAUAAAUUUAGGUUGCAGUUAAAAAAAGAAUUGUCCAGUAUGUAAUGAAUUAGGAUGUUUAUAUUGUCGUCCAGGAUUUACUUUAGUGAAUUCAAAAUGCAUAAGUUUCACUUGUGUAAAACGACAUUGUUUAUAUUGUUAAUUGGAUGAUCCCAAUAUAUGUACAGUGUGCAAUGAUGGAAUGGGUAAAUAUUUAACAAGUGCUGGUGAAUGUGAAUGCAAUAUUGAUGGAUAUAAAGGUGAUUAUUAUGGUAGCUGCUAAAGUUGUACUCUAUUAUAUUGCAACUCUUGUGAUCCUUCUCCAUUCUCUUGUACUUCAUGUGAUGGCUUUAAUAAUAGAGUAUUAUAAGGAACUUCUUGUGUUUGUAAACCUUUAUUUUUUGAAUAUUUUGACAAAACUAGAACUGAUGGUCGACCAUUAGUUUGCAAAUGUAUUGAUUAAUUUAUAUUAUAGCAUGUCAUCAAACUUGUUAUGCUUGUGAUGGGAUUUCAGUUAAUGAUUGUUUAGAUUGUGGAAAUCUUAAUUCUUAUCAUCGUUAAUUAACAGUUAAAGGAGAAUGUGUUUGCAUAGAAGGAUAUGGAAAUGAACUCUAUUUUGAUAAUUAAAAGCAGUAAAUACUUCCAUAUCGUGCAUGUGCUAGUAUAAAUACAUAUAUAUUAAUUAGGAUGUUAUAAAUUAUGUGCUGAAUGUAUUCAAUCUAAACCUGGUACUGAUUUAUAAUAUUGUACAAAAUGUUUUGAUGAAUAAAAUAGAGAAUUAUCAGAUGAUUUAGAAUGUGUAUGUAAAGAGAAUUAUAGUGGUAAUUCAAAUUAGGAAAUUUGUUAUAGUAACUUAUUUCAUUUAUGUAUUUUCAAGAAUGUUAUUAUACAUGUGCAUCUUGUUAAGGAAUAUUAUAUAAUAAUUGUGUAAAAUGUUCAGUAAAUUCUCAUAGAUAUUUGUCAUAUUAGAGGGAAUGUUUAUGUUCAGAUUCAUAUUAUGAUGAUAAUGUUAAUAUGGAAUGUUAAUGUAAAUUAAAUAAAUUUAUUAGAAUGUCAUUAUUCAUGUAAACAUUGCUUAUUUGAUUCUGGAAUUGAUAAAUGUACAGAAUGUCCUUCUACAAGAAUAUCAAUUAUUGCUGGAUCUACUUUUAUUUGUGUUUGUUAAGAAAAUGGUUAUUUUGAUUUGGAGGGAUCUAUGGAAUGCCAACCAUGUCAUUAUUCAUGUUUAACAUGUGAUGGAUCAGAAUUGUAUAAUUGUUUGAGUUGUGAUACAAAUUAUCGUGAAUAUGAUGAAGUAUAAUGUAAUUGUCCUAUUCGAUAUUAUGAUAUUGGAAUUCUAGAAUGUUAAAGUAAUGCACUUUAUUAUUAAUUAGACUGUCAUUAUAGUUGUAAUUCUUGUGAUAAUGUGAAUUUUGAUAAUUGUUUAGAUUGUUCUAAAGAAUUAUAAUAUAGAAUUUAGAUUGGAAAUACAUGUAUUUGUAUGGAAGGAUAUUAUGAUAUUGUUGGUGAACCAAUUUGUGAUAGUGAGUGAUUUAUUUAUAUAUUUUUAGAAUGCUCAUAUAAAUGCAAAAGUUGCAAGGAUACUAAUGAUUAUUGUUUAGAUUGUCCUUCUAAUUCAGGAAGAGAAUUAGGAUCAGAUAAUUCAUGUUCAUGCACUGAAGAAUACUAUGAUGAAAUUGAAAAUCCUUUAUGCAAAUGUAUUUAAUUAUCAACAUUUAUUAAUAGUAUGUCAUUUUAAAUGUUAAUCUUGCACAGAUGGAACUGAGUAAUCAUGUACUACUUGUAAUUUGAAUAAAUUCAGAAAAUUAAUAAAUAAUGAAUGUAUUUGUAUGAAGGGUUAUUUUGAAAUGGAAGUUUAAGAAUGUUAAAGUAUUAAUAAAUUAUAAAUUAUAGAAUGUAGUUCAUAUUGUUAAGAAUGUGUAGAUUAAUAUGAUAAUUGUAUUUCUUGUUCAAAAGAUAGAUAUUUGGAUGGAAAUAAAUGUCUUUGUUAAACAAAAAUAUAGGGAUAUCAUAUAAGUACUUAUGAAUUAAAGGGAGUACUUUAAUGUUAAAGUAAAAAUAAUAAUCUAUCAUUCAGAUUGUCAUUAUACAUGUUUAACAUGUUAAAAGAGUUCUGCACAAAAUUAAUGUAUUACAUGUCUUGAUACUGAGAAUAGAAUUUAGAUUGGAUCUACAUGUAUUUGUAAGGAUGGAUAUUAUGAAGUAGGUAGAGCUAUUUGUUUAAGUAAUUAAUAAAUAAUAUAAAUUUCAAGAAUGUAGUAUAAAAUGUAAAUUAUGUAUCUUAAAGAAUGAUACAUGUUUAGAAUGUGAGGAGAAUAGUCUUAGAAUAUUAAAUUAGAUUUUAAAGAUAUGUUAAUGUCCUGAUGGAUAUUUUGAUGAUGGAUAAAAUAGUUUAUGUUAAAGUAAUAUUAUCAUUAAAUAAAUUUAGAAUGUCAUUAUUCUUGUUUUACAUGUUCUAAAUUGAGUACAUUAUGUAAUGAGUGUUUAGUCUCAUCACAUAGAUAACUUAAUGAUUUAAUAUUUAAUUGUCCUUGUAAUCAAGGAUACUAUGAUUCAGGUAUUUAGUAAUGUCAAAAAUGUCAUUAUUCUUGUCUAAGUUGUAAUACUUAUUAGAAUUGUUUAAGUUGUAUAUCUUAGAUAGUAUCAAAAAGAGUAUUGUAUUUGAAUUAGUGUAUAUGUUUACCUGGAUUUUAUGAUGAUGGAUAUUCAGCAAAUUGUUAGAAAUGUGAUUAUUAAUGUAAAACUUGUAUAUCCUAUUCUUAUUAAUGCACAUCUUGUCCUUAAACUAGAAACUUAUAAUAAAAUUGUGCUUGUUUAAAUGGAUAUUAUGAUAUUGGGUAUGAUUUAUGUUCAAAAUGUGAUGCUAAUUGUUAUAGAUGUUUUAAAUCAUCAACAAAAUGUAUAGAAUGUGAUAUUUAAUAAAAUCGAAUGUUAAAUUUAGAAUUGAAUAAUUGUGUAUGUAAAUAUGGAUAUUUUGAAUUAAAUGGAGUUUGUUAAUAAUGUAAUAUAACUUGUUAUACUUGUAUUAAUUAAUAAGAUAAUUGUACAACUUGUCCAAUUGAUAGAAUAUAAAUUGGAUCUAUUUGUAAAUGCAAUGAUGGUUAUUAUGAAGAUUAUGAUGAUAAAUAAUGUUAUCUUUGUCAUCCCUCAUGUUUAACAUGUAUAUAUACUGCAACAUAAUGUUUAUCUUGUAUAAGUGGAGAUUUCAGAAUUUUAAAAUGGGGAACUACAUGUGAAUGUAUAGAUGGCUAUUAUGAAAAUCUAACAAAUUAACAUUGUAUGUAAUGUAAUUAUACAUGUUUAACAUGUAAAUAUAAUGCAAAUCAUUGUACAUCUUGUGAUUCAAGUCUUCAUUAUGAUAUUCAAUCUAAUUAAUGUGUAUGUAUGUCUAAAUAUUAUUAUGAUGUUAUUACUAAAUUAUGUUAAUGUAAUUAUUAUAUUAUUAUUAAUAGAAUGUCAUUUUAGUUGUUUAUAAUGUUAAAGUCAAUAUGAAUGUAUUUCAUGUAAUACACUUACUAGAGAAUAUGACAAUUCAUCUAUGAAAUGUGUAUGUAGAAAUGGAUAUUUUGAAAUUAAUACAGAACAAUGUUAAUGUAUAAAUAAUAUAUAUAUUCAGAAUGCCAUUAUUCUUGUUAAACUUGUUUGAAUACAUCAAUUAAUUGUUAAACUUGUAGUCAAUUAUACUUUAGAUUACUUAAUAAUAAUACAUGUUAAUGUAUUUAAGGUUACUAUGAUGUUGGUGUUUCAAUGUGUUAGAAAUGUUCUGAAAUAUGCAAAACUUGUCAGACAUCUUCUACUAAAUGUACAUCAUGUUAUGAGUCUGAAUAACAUAGAAUACUAUAAUUAGAUUAAUGUACUUGUUAACAUGGAUAUUUCAAUUCUGGAUCAUUAAUUUGUGAAAGUAAAAUAUAAUAUUAUUUAAAGAAUGCUCAAAUUCUUGUUAAACUUGUGAAAUUCAAUCUAAUUUUUGUACUAGUUGUGAUGUAAAUUAAAAAAGAAUUGAUAACUCUAUUUAAAAGAAGUGUCCUUGUAUUACAGGAUUCUAUGAAGAUUAAAAUUAGAUUUGUCAAAGUAUUUUAAAUAAUCAUAUUAAGAAUGCCAUAUAAAAUGUUAUGAUUGUAUAUAUACAAAUGAAACUUGUAUUAGUUGUAAUUAUCAAGUUAAUUCACAUCGUUAUUCUUUAUCAUAUUAAUGCAAUUGUAAAGAUGGAUAUUAUGAUGAUGGAACAUAAAUUUAAUGUUAGAAAUGUAGUUAUUAAUGUAAAUUAUGUUAAAAUAAUUCAAAUAAUUGUUUAAUUUGCAAUAAUAAUUUUAGAUAGAAUCCUCCUCUUUGUAAAUGUAUUAAUGGAUAUUUUGAAGAUGAAUAAUUAACAUGUUAACGUAUUAACUAUUAUUAUAUUACAUUUAGCUUGUGAACAUCAUUGUAGUACUUGUAUAUCAAAUCCAACUAAUUGUUUAUCUUGUAAACCAGAUAGAUUUGGACCUAAUUGUGAAUGUUCUGAUGGUUAUUUUGAAGCUGGUUUAAUUAAUUGUGUUUGUAAUUAAACUUUAUUAUAUUCUAUUAGAAUGUUAAUUUCAAUGUUUAACUUGUAGUCAAGAUUCAUAUAAUUGUACUUCAUGUAAGGGUGACAGAAUUUAAGAACCUAUUUGUAAAUGUCCUAAUGGAUAUUAUGAUGAUUAUAUUAAUGAGAGUUGUCAACAAUGUCAUUAAACUUGUGAUUCAUGUGAUAUUAAUGGAUGUAUAUCUUGUAAUGGAAACAGAAUUUUAUCUUAAGAAAUGACAUGUGAUUCUCCACCAAAUUCUGUGUGUUAUCAAGAUACUCCAUGGUGUUCUAGUAUAUAUUUAAUAUCUAUUAUUUCAAGAUUGCAUUGUAGCUGUAUUAAAUAUUUAUUUCUCUGAUGAAUUAGAUAGUCUAAUAAUAUUAUUUGACUUUUCUUUAGAUGGUAAAAUAUUCCAAUCUUACUCAUUAUCAAAUAAAUGUGAAUAAAUAUUUGAAAUUAUAUCAAUUGAUAAAUUUGGAAGAAAUCCUAUUUGUUUAAUAAAUCCAUCUAAUAAUCAUGAAUUACUUAUUUAAUUAGGAGAUUAUCCUAUUAUAAAUGUAGGUGAUGAAUUAGUUUUCAAUAUAAACUCACUUUCUCAUCUCAAUUGUGAAUAAUCAUUAUCAAUUUUUGUUAAUAAUUACAUUAAACCUCCCAAAAAUUUAUUAUAACCUUAAAUAGAAUUUGAUGUACCAGAUUAUAUAAUCAAUCCUUGUGUUGAAAUUCAGAUCUAUUAAAUUAAUAGAAUAAAUAAUGGAAAAAGAGAAUUGACAAAUCCUUAUUGGUCAUAUACAUCUUCAAAUGGUAAUACAUAAGAAUUAGAUGAUUUCAUUGAUUAUCAAAAUACCAUAAAGGAUUUCAAUUUAAUCAUACCUUCAAUUACUUUACCAAUCGAUUCUAAAAUUACUUUCUUCAUUCAAUUCUAGAACUUUUUGUCUACUUCUCAAGAAUAACAUUUUAUUAUUACAACUAAUAGUGGAGAUUCACCUACAAUUUCUUUAAAUAUUAUUAGAAGAUAUUUUACAUAUCAAAAGAUAAAUCUUAAUUUUAAAAUCUAAACUAUUUAAUGUUACAAAAAAGAUGUGUCAAAUUCUCAACUAUAAAAUUAUACAAUAGAAUUAUUACAAAUAAAAAAGAGUUCAUAAGAUGCAUCAGAAUCAAAUGUUUAUUAUAAUAUUACUACAUCUUAAGAAGAUCAUUCUAUUUCAAUACCGUAAUAUCAACUAUCACCAAAUACUAAUUAUACUUUUUAAAUUAAUGUAACUAAUCAAAUUUCAUAACAAAAUUAAAUUUAGAAUUUUACAAUCUAAAUUGUUUCAGCAGGUAUUGUAUGUUAAUUUUUUGGAAUCUUAAAUGUCUAAUAUUUUGCAAAGGAUAUGAAUUUAUUUAUUAAAUGCAAAGAUUUAGAUGUAUAAUUUGAUUGGAAUGAAGAUCCAGAUCUAUAUACAGAGAUAUCAUGUUAUGAAUUAACAAGAAAUCAAAAAUGUAUUGACAUACAUAAAAAAAUCAUACCUGUUAAUAAAACUGAAAAACUAUAACAUGUAAAGAAAUUUAGUGUUGAACCACUUACAAUUCAAGAGUGGUCUCUUAAAGUUAUUAAGAAAACAACAGAAUAUCAUUUUAAAUAAAUAAUCGUAUUCUUAGAAUAUGAAUUUAAAAUAUAAAAAAUAGAUUUUAAUAGUGGUUAUCUAAUGAGGGAUAUCAAUAAUUUUGA